GCACUUGACCCGAUGGUCGGAGGAAACCAAUACACCAUUUCGUCUCUGCAAGUCGCAAAUAACUCAUUUUUUCUUUCUUUUCGCCUUCGAAGAUGUUGAGAACUCGCUUGGUCUCUUUCGCGCUUGGUUUCUCAGUUGCAGGUGCUGCGAUCUCCCAUUUCGUGUGGAGAGAUCUAUGGGCUGAUAGACACUCCCUCUCUUCUGAUAUGAAGGAGAGGUUUGAUAUACUGGAAGCCAGAGUCUCGAAUCUUGAGUCACUUGCUAUCAUCAAAUCUGAAACAGUUAAGGAUGAAAGCUAAUUUAAGACUGAAGCCCAUACGUUAAGCUUCAAAUGAUUGGAUUUUAGUUCUUUUCUGCUCCAAGUUAUUGGUAAUUGGGUGAUCAACACAUAUAUAAGAGAUGUUCCAUAUGGACAAAGGCACCUUAGAAUUGUAUCCUAAUGCUUUGCUUGGAAUCAUUAGGUUCUUGAUUUGUUCUAAGAAAAUGGAGAAUGACUUCUUAUUUAUCAAAAAAAAAUGGAGAAUGACCUCUUUUCUGAUUGCUAAUAUGAGAAGACUUAACAUUUAUCUUGUCAAGAAAAUGGGAGAAGAAAUAAUUUAUA